AUGGACCACCUGUACAACACAUCAUCUUUUUUAGUGCUAAAUCGCUUUAACCUACCACCUGAAACUGUCUUUCCUUCAUUUCUUUUCGCAACUCUCAGCUACAUGAUCAUUCUUUUCUGCAACUCUGUUCUAAUCCUCACCAUUGUACUGAACAAAUCUCUGCAUCAGCCCAUGUAUCUAAUUCUGCUGAACCUUCCUAUCAAUGACCUUAUAGGCGCCUCAUCACUCUUCCUUCAGGUCAUUCAUGAAAUACUGACAAACAGCAGGACAAUGCACCACUCAGCCUGUGUUGCCCAAGCUUUUUUUAUCCACAUCUAUGCAGCAGGUACAGUGUUCAUUCUGAGUGCUAUGGCAUAUGAUAGAUACAUUGCCAUCUGUUGUCCUUUGAAAUACAACACGAUUAUGACUAAUGCUCACAUCAUGAAAAUAAUAACAGUUGUGUGGAUGAGUAGUUUAGUUAUAAUAGCUGUGCUUUUUGUUCUGCUGUUGCGUUUACCCCGCUGUCAAUCGGAAUUGACGCAUCUCUACUGUGAUAAUCCAACUUUGCUGUCUCUGGUCUGUGACAGUGUCGACACAAGUAUCAAUAACAUUUAUGGGCUUUUGUUAGUUGCUCUUACACAAGUGAUGGCCAAUGGGAUCGUUUUGUAUACAUAUCUCCAGAUCCUUGUUGCAUGCUUCAGGUCAAAACGAUCAGACACAAAAGCCAAAGCUCUGCAGACAUGUGCUACACAUCUAAUAGUUUUUCUACUGUUGGAGUGUCUGGGACUUUUCACCAUCAUAUCAUACAGAAUAAAGAACAUUUCACCACAUUUAAGGAAAUUCAUAGGGGUGACAACAUUAGUUUUCCCCCCAACAUUGAAUCCAAUCAUCUAUGGACUGAAAACAAAAGAAAUACAAGAAAAAAUAGUGUACUUUUUUAAGAAUAAAAUCUUUCCAUCUUAA